UCGGCCUCCCCUCGUGUUAUCAUCAUCAGUCGGUGGCUGUCUGUCUCUCUGUGUGCGCGGUACCGAGGAAUGCGAGCCGUGGUCAAGGCACAACCAACAUGAAAUUACUCUCAGCCAAAAUGAUAUCCAUGGUCUCUGUCUUAGCUUCUCUGCGUCUUCUCACCGAUGCUCAGUCUUGCAACAAUGGUCUUGGCAAGCACGCUUUUGAACUGGUUAUGAACUACAGAAUGGGAGGCAAUAACAACGGAUUCGGAAUGUCCAAAGGAGAAAUAAUAACGCUAAUGGACAGUCCCCUGCGAGUCCUACAGACCUGCAAACAGCGUUGCGAAGAUGAUCCAAAGUGCCUGUCGUUCGACUUCACGCCUGGACAACGAAUCCCGGAUUCCCAGCAAACGGAAUAUGCUACAGGAAAUUCGGUGUCCUAUUCAGGCAACCAACAACAGCACGUCGAGCCCGAGUACAAAGAAUCCGUGUGCAACAUGUACCACGAUCGGGCUUCACCGGACGGAGGAGACGUCCUGGUCAGGCAGUUAAACACCUUCCACUUCAACAAAGUCUGCUUCACCUCAUCUCGUCUGACCAGCGACUGUCCGAACCGCCUGUACGUCAUGAAACGAACGCCGGGCUACUGUUUCGAGAGCCACACAGACCAAGAAGUAUUUGCUACUAACAGGACAGAGUGCGAGGAGAAAUGCAUCAACGAUCCGGAGUGCCUGUCAGCCUGCUUCGACAGGGGUGGACAAAAGUGCCGACUCAGCCGGAACACAAAGGCCAUGAACCCAAUGGGAUUCAUCAGUGACUCCAACAGCGACUACGUUGAAAAUGUUUGUCUUUCAGAAAGUCAAGCAUGUCCCAACCGGGCUCACAUAAUGGAGUCUGGCAAACGUCCAAGCGGAGCCAUCGAGAUGGAGAACAUCUAUACUCAGCACUUCCAGAGUUGCUCUGACAUCUGCGCCCAGAGCCUCGAGACACGGGGCUACUUGUGCACGGCCUUCUAUCACGAGGAAGACACCUGGUUGUGCACCACUUACAUGAACUACCUGGACUACUCGGAAGCCAAUGAUCUGUCCAACCAAGAAAAUACUCCCACACUGGUGCCUAGCAAAGGCGACUUUUAUCGAAUUCUUUGCGGAAAUGCAGACCGAGACGCCUACAUCAACAAUGCCACCGUCGAAUGCUUCCGAAGGAAACGGCUGGACGUGGCCCACCAGGUUGAAGUCAAAGUAUAUUCCUUCCAAGAGUGUUUAGACGAAUGCAUGAGGCGCUAUAACCGUGACUGUCAGUCGGUUGAAUACAGCUCUCGGUUUCAGUCCUGCCGUUUCAGCAGCCAGUCCAGUGGAGCCGGGAAACCCAACCUCGUUGACGACGAAUCUUAUGACUACUACGAAUUCAAAUGGAUCAGGGGGAACGGCAACCGAGGUCACAGCUUCAUCCACAGACCAGGCUAUGGUCCAGUCGGAGGCACCGGUAACUACGGACCAUCGCGAUGGGGCCUUGGUGGCCCAGUCGCCGGCAAUCCUGCAGCAGGCCCUCAGUCAUGGCCAUCUGGACCAUGGAGCGGUAGCAGUUGGAGUCAAAACGCACCUCAUGGUCAAGUCAACUACCCCGCCUAUCCUCCUCCAGCUCUUCCCCCAGCUGCUCAGCCAUGGGGUUCGGGAAAUGCCCACAGUUGGAGUCAAGCUGGCGGAUUUCCACCAGUUGCGCCACCCCAAAACCCUCAUUCUGCUCACGGUGGAUAUCCAGCGGGUUAUCCAGGUUUCCCACCAUCCAAUCCUUUCCACGGAGGUGGUGUUUUCCCUCCAGCUGGAAUGCCCCAACAGCCUUUCCCUAACAAUAAUUACGAACUGUGCAAACCCGGAGGAUCCCUUUACAGCGGAGGUGUGUUCAGGAGGGUCGGAUUCGGCACUAGGCUCAGAAGCUUUUACGUGAGGCGAGUUGUAAGGACAGAGCGUGUUGAAGACUGCGAAAAGGCUUGCUUAGAGGAAAGAGAAUUCAUAUGCUUGUCUUUCAACUUCAGAAACGUCAUCCCCGACAACUGUGAACUCAGCGACCAGGACACCAGACAUCUCCAGCUGAACAAUCCGGGACAUUUCGAACAAGAUUCUCAGUUUGAUUUCUACGAGCGAGACGCCCAGGCUGCUAAUGGAAUUCCAGGAGCCAGUGCACCCAACUGCAUCGACGUGAGCCAAACUUGCAGUCCCGACGGAAUCGAAUUCACCAUGAAGACACCAGAAGGAUUUUAUGGUCGCAUUUACACCUACGGUUUCUACGAUUCCUGCUUUUAUGAUGGCAACGGAGGAACGACGAGCGUCCUCAGGAUAUCCAGAGGAAAUGGCUUCCCUCGCUGUGGCACUCAACAAUACGGGGACGUGAUGACCAACAUUGUGGUGGUGCAAUUCAACGAUAACGUCCAGACUUCCAGAGACAAAAAAUACAACCUCACGUGCUACAUGUCCGGUCCGGGAGAGACGGUGGUGACGUCCAGCUACAUGGACACCAGAACAGAUGGGCGCUAUCCGACUCAAAUCGAACACCUACCUGCCCAAAACAUGCUUACGUCGAAUAUAGUGCUGCGCGUGCUGUACAGAGGAGCGCCCACCAAUACCAUAGCGGUCGGGGAUCUGCUAACGUUCAGACUAGAAGCCAGAGGACAUUAUCACUAUGAGUACUUUAGCGACAUUUUUGCCACCAACGUCAUUGCCAAAGAUCCAUAUUCCGGAAGACAAGUACAUCUCAUCGACAACAGAGGGUGUCCGGUCGAUUUGUACGUCUUUCCCGAACUGCAGAAGACGCCAGAUGGAGCUCUCCAGGCCGAUUUCUACGCCUUCAAAAUUCCUGACUCGAAUCUUCUAGUGUUCCAGGCCACAGUCAGGACCUGCAGAGGACCAUGCGAACCGGUGAUCUGCAGCGACCGCGGUCGCCCUGGUUCUUUCCCGUCCUGGGGGCGGAAGAAAAGAUUUGCCGCCAAUGAAACCGCCGCCGUGUACGCCGACGAAUCGAGUCAAGACAUCCCUGUGGGCAAUGCGACGGACGAAUCGGAAGUGGUUCACGACUUGCUGAAGGUGUACCUCUCCAGAUCGGAUAUACCCCCUGAAGCAGCAGCAGUGACCAAAACGAGCACGGUGUGUGUCGCCCAGGCUGGAUAUUACACCCUUGUCAUCUUGUCCAUCGUUCUCGUCUGCGCAAUUGUAGUCGUCGCUGCUGCAGCCAUGUAUUUCUUCAAGAAAUCUAAGCUAGCAGCCAAAGCAGCGGGCAUCAGUGGCCCCCCACCAGGACUCGCCAACCUUUACGUCACUAGCCAGUACCCGAACCCCAAGAUGGACGAUCCCAGCGAACCAAUCUACACGGACCCGUCCCUCUUCGAAAGAUCUAGAAGCUCGAGGAACGUAGCCAACAUGGGCAAGUCAGUGUGCAACGAGUUCAACUGAAAACGACGGACAAUUUAUCAAAAAACAAAGUUCAACAACCAACUCAUUCAGUUUCUCCUCUGCAACGGGAAAAUUGUGUUUACGAACAUAGGGAUUUUAAGGUUCUGUCAACUGCAUCUAUAAAUAAAGUGUACAUACAAUGCUUAGUCGCAAUUACGGUGUAUGAUAUUUCUCUCAGGUUACAAAAGCAGCUGCGAAAAAUCGACAUUUUUUUAAAUAAAUGCUUUGUUCCAGCGUC